CUAAUUCUUGCUACUUGGGAAGGAAGUUAUAACUUACAAUGUCAGAACUUGACCAGCGCAGGAGAAGCUGACAUGAGGGUGGCCCGGGUGUUGUGGUGGUAUUACUUUUCCAAAGUCGUUGAAUUUGCUGACACUGUUUUCUUUGUUUUGCGAAAGAAAAACAGUCAAAUUACUUUCCUUCAUGUUUAUCAUCAUGCCACUAUGUUUAACAUCUGGUGGUGUGUCAUGAACUGGAUACCUUGUGGACAAAGUUUCUUUGGACCCACUUUGAAUAGUUUUAUCCAUAUCCUCAUGUACUCCUACUAUGGAUUGUCUGUCAUUCCAUCCAUGCGUAAAUACCUUUGGUGGAAGAAAUACCUCACUCAAGCACAACUGAUUCAGUUUUUGCUCACCAUCGCACAUACACUCAGCGCAGUUGUCAAACCGUGUGGUUUUCCCUUUGGGUGCCUCAUCUUCCAGUCCUCCUACAUGGCCACAUUGGUGGUUCUGUUUGUUAACUUUUAUGUCAAGACGUAUCAGAAAAUGUCUUCAAAAGCCAAUAUGGAAGAGAUUCCCCUGGUGACAGAAAUUAAGAAUGGGUUCCAUAAAGACUACCUAAAGGCAAUUAAUGGUGCUCUGAAUAAAAAAGCACAAUAACCAUACUUUUAAUAUUACAUUGUAGAAUACAAAUACCUCUCACAAUACUUUUCUAAAACAAAGCAAGACUAUUAUACACAACUUUAGUAUCAUCUUAAACUCAGUGGUUACCAAUUCUUCUACUCCCUGUUUAAUUAAUUGAUUUCUUUUUAACAAUACAGACUUGUAAGUGGUGAAGGCACUUAUCUCUUUUAUCCAGCUGAAGCAAAAUUGCAUUCUGUAAUUCUUAAUAUAGGGAAGAUGCCUUGAGAACUGCUCCUUUAAUAACACAGAUCUGGAUAUUCUUGAAUAGAACCUAAAAAAAUUUAAACUAGCAACAGACUGCAGUCUGGGAGAAAACAAUGUGUAUUCAAUUGUUUGUUCAGUGAUACAGCUCCCAUUUCACUUCUUUUUUGGUGUUCUCUUAGUUCCAAUUGAUUUAUAGUAGGGGAAAAAAUCAUCUGUGUGCUCAGAAUCUUGGUUGCUGCCUUCAUGGUGCUAUAGAUUGCUCUUAUUCCCCAUUCUAGAAACAGGAUGGGAUAUAUAGUGCAACAGAAUUAAUUACAAAUUCAUGUUCAGCUACAGUGAAACUAUCUGAACGUUAGUAUGUCUGUAUGCCAUCUUUUAAAAUGCACUAUUUUAAAACUGAACAAGAAUAGCUCCAUAAAUCUUCUCUCCUUAAACCACAGCUGUGCAUCCUAAACACCACAACAAUCACACAGUAGCCAGGAUGGUAUUAACUUUGGAAGUUGAAGUCCAACAAAUUUUAAAGGUUACUCUGAAACUCAGUUGGGACACCUUCCGUUCUCAUUAUGCCACAUCUACAGACAACUAGAACAAAUUCAGCAAAUCACAUGGCUGCUUGAGUCUAUAUUAACAUUAAUACUACAACUGAGACUAGAAAUGCAACAAGAUAACUCAGCCUUCCUGCUCUUAGAUAGCUUAGAGCAGUGUUUCUC